AUGUCUGACGAGCCGACCACCAGCGGCCAAUCUGCGCCCAACGCGAACGAGGAGGUGGAUAAGAAGGUUGACGAGACCUCAACCGAAGCUGGAGCUUCUGAGGCGCCCGCUGCCACUGCUGACGACGCGAAACCUUCCGAGUCUGAGGCAGCUGCCAAGGAUACCGCCGAAGAGGAGAAGAAGGAAGAGUCCAAGUCUGCCGAUUCUGAGACCAAAGACGCGGAAUCUGGGGACAAGCCCGACGAGUCUUCCAAAGCCGAAGACGCAGACGUCGAGAUGAAGGACGCGACCGAGACAAAGGAGGCCUCUGAGCCUGGCGCCGACGCUGAGAAAGAGCCCGCGGCUGAUGCUGCUGACGCCGCUGAUGCGACAGGUGACAAGGGCAAGUCGCGUCGCAGGUCGUCGGGAGUCCCGGAGCACAAGGGCAAGAAGCUAAGCAAGAAGGCUUCCAAGGCUAAGCUCUCACACAAGGACGCGAAGCCGGGUGACCAUUUCCUCGUAAAGCUCAAGGGAUACCCCCAAUGGCCCGUCAUCAUCUGCGACGAGGAGAUGCUCCCCGAGACACUCCUUAAGACCCGUCCUGUCACUGCCAAGCGUGCAGACGGCACGUAUCGCGAAGACUUUGCGGAUGGCGGCAAGAGACAGAAUGAUCGCUCCUUCCCCGUCAUGUAUCUCCGCACGAAUGAGUUCGGCUGGGUUCCCAACUCUGCUCUUCAGGAGCUUACUGCCGAGAGGGCCACCGAGUUGCUCACCGACAAGGUCAAGAAGGUUGAGCUGAGGGAUGCCUUUGAGCUUGCCAUUGAGCAGAACCCGCUCGAGCACUACAAGGAAGAACUGCAAAAGUACCAGGAGGAACUUGCUCAGAAGCAGGCUGCCAAGGAAGCCAGAGAAGCAGCGAAGAAGACGAAGAAGAAGGCCCCAGCGAUCAUCGAGGAUGAAGAUGACGACGUCGACAUGGCUGACGCUGCCGAUGAGGAGGUCGCACCCACCCCAAAGGAGAAGUCCAAAUCUAAGAAGCGUAAGGCCGAAGAUGAGGCCGCCAGCACCCCGGCACGAACGGAGUCCGCGAAGAAGCCCAAGAUCAAGCUCAACACCUCCUCUACCCCGAAGACGACAAACGGAACUGCCACUCCGAAGUCCGCCAAAGAGUCAGCCGCGAAACCUGCAAAGACCAAGUCUUCGAAGAAGGAAGGCGAGAAGAAGGAGAAGGAGGCUCCCAAGGAGCCUGAGUUGACUGUCGAAGAGAAGCGCGCGCGCAAAGAGGCAAAACAGAAGGAGGUUCUUUUCCUUCGCCACAAGCUUCAGAAGGGCCUCCUUACCAGAGAUCAAGAGCCGAAGGAAGAGGAGAUGAAGAUGAUGUCGGACUACAUCACAAAGCUCGAGAGCUUCCCCGAUCUCGAAGUCGCCAUAAUCCGGGUCACGAAGAUCAACAAGGUUUUGAAGGCCAUCAUGAAGCUCGACUCUAUUCCCAAGGAAGAGGAGUUCAACUUCAAGACCCGAUCCCAGGUCUUGUUGGACAAGUGGAACAAGAUCCUGAGCGGUGGUGAGUCGACAGCAGCUCCUGCGGCAUCUGCGACGCCAGCUCCUACCAACGGUGUCAACGGCACUUCUGGAAAGGCCGCUGCAGAGACUAAGGAGAAAGAUACCCCUGCUGCCUCCAACGGUGUUAAGGAAGAGACCAAGGACGCCGGCAAGGCUGAGGAUGCCGAGAAGGAAACGAAGGACGAGAAAAAAUCCGACGACGAGAAGAAAUCCGAUGAUGAGAAGAAGUCCGAGGAGCCAGAGAAGGCGGAAGAAAAGGCCGAGAAGGCCGACGAGGAUGCCGAGAAGCCUGCUGAGGAGUCGGCACCUGCGGCCCCGGAACCGGCAGCCUAUAUCUUCCGCCCACAGGGCGAAGUAGCCAGGGCCGAUCGGCCAGCUAAGCGACGACGUGUAUCAAAAAAUGCCAUCACUGAAAGCGCCAAGGCCGCGCCUUCAACGACCUUCGUGCCGUCGCUGAACGGUGGCGAACUCGCUGAGUGUGUACAAUUGCGAGAAAAGCUGUUUGAGACGAGUUGGGCCCGAAUAGAGUCCAAGGUUCAGGGAAUUUUGCGUGAAGCAAAUUCGGCAACGUUAGACCAGGUGACUGCUUUCAUCCAGGAUCAAACUGGAUCACAGAAUAAGAUUCCAGCCGCUUUCGUGAUCACGGGACCCAACAUUGCUUCCCAAGACCUCCUCUUCGAACAGUUAUCAGAUGCGCUUCAGGAGAGCACGCGGAGCAAGUUCGUAAGACUCAAGUCAUCCGAAGCAUCCAAUAUCAAGGCCGCUCUCAAGAAGAUUAUCGGGGAUGCCACGUCGCACGGGUCUCUUGAUGAUGAGGAUGGUGAAGUAGCAUUCGGCCAAGAUGGCCGCAAAUUCCUGAACUACGAUUUAGAGGCCUUGUAUGCCUUCUGCAAAGCGCAACGGUGCGAUCAUAUCUUUGUCGCCUUCCAGGACAGUGAAGGAUUUGACAGCGCUCUCCUCUCAGAUCUGGUCACCCUCUUCAAUUCGUGGCGACCCAAAAUCCCUUUCACGUUGGUAUUUGGCAUCGCUACGUCGGUAGAGCUUCUUCAAGCUCGUCUACUCAAAUCCGCAUGCCAGUAUCUGUAUGGUGCCCAGUUUGAUGUUGUACAGACCAGCACCAUCCUCGAGCAGGUUUUCAAGCCGGCCAUAGCGGCAACGGAUGCAGCCCUGGCUCUUGGUCCGACAUUACUGCAAAGCUUAGUCGACCGACAACAAGACCAGGUCGCCAGCAGUCAGACCUUUAUUGCAUCCAUCAAGUACGCAUACAUGUGCCAUUUCUACGCCAACCCGUUGAGUGUUUUUUCCUUGGAAGACGACGAGAUGAACAGCGAGCUUGUUCAGGACGGCCACUUGGAAGCGUUCCGCUCGCUCCCUUCGUUCCGACGCGAAGUUGAAAACGCCGUUGAGGCCAAGGAUCUCAGAUUAGCGAGGUCGUUACUAGAAGACGACGAUCUAUUGCGGGAAAGGAUCUUUGACGUUCCUGGCAAGAAACGGGAGUGGUCUACCGGUCUCCUUCGCUCGCUUAAGCUGGUCCAGGCCACCGGUAUACUUCAAGACGACUUCUCUUCAAUGUAUAUGAAAGCGGUAGCCGAGGGCAUCACCCUUUCGUCCGAGGGCUGGGAUAUCGUUGAAAGCAUCAAGCGGAUGCAAGCGGAUGACUUUGUCUCGAUGCUGCAACGUGUUCAAACGACCGUAGCCAGCGGCGACAGCCAACUGUGUCUUGCCGCAUGGGCAUCCGAGGCCGGGGACCUGCCGGCUGUUGUACAGACUUGUCUAGCCGAUUCAAAGGAGCUUCUCGGCAGGGCCCAGGAGAACGUCACUACAUUGCGGAGCGCGUACAGCGGCCAUAGCAGGGUGCUCCGCACAACGGUUGUCGCUCAAAAGGUGCAGCUAAGCCACGACUCGGCCGCCCUCUCCGAUGACGACAAAGCCUUCACCAGUAUCGUCGACCGCGUUGCAGGGCUCUUCCAAGACGUCAUUCAAUGCGAGCCCGCCGCAAAUGUUUUCCUACACGAGACAUGGCUGUACGAUUCCAAGACACCCCACCGGGAUGUUUUCAUCCCACGCCCUCAAGACGUUUUUGAGCGCAGCCUCACUCGGCCGCAGGACUACCUUGCCUGCUCUUGCUGCACUACCCAGGAGGGUCUUUCAACGACACUUCCCGCGACGUCCCUACUUUAUCACCUCUACUUGGAAACGGGCAACCUCAUCAACGUUGCAGAUUUGUGGUCCGCCUUCUACGCCAUGGUGGGCAGCGGGGGAGGCAGCGAUGGUGAUGUGGACAGCGAUGGAAACGCCGAUGAGCGUGCGGCGUUGGUACUCUUUUAUCGGGGCCUGGCCGAGCUAAAGGCCCUUGGCUUUGUCAAGAUGAGCAAAAAGAAGACGGACCACAUCGCCAAGCUCAAGUGGCUGUAG